AUGGGUCCCAAAAUGCCUCGCAGAGAUCAGGAGCCCAUGUACCCCAAAUAUUGUCGCCUGAUGCUCAUCCUCUUUAAACCCUGGAGAUCUAUAUCUGAUCUGAAACAAACAAUGCAGUCAUGGACUGAAAGCUUUGAAUCGUUUAAACACACCUGCAAUGACAAGGUUAUCGCCAUCUUAAACAACAUGCAAAUUUUGCAUGAGUGCAAGGACAGCCGAGAUGAU